AAAAUAUCCCGAGAACUAAUCAUUUUUUUGCGAUGGUACUCUAAUACUUUUUUACGUAGAAUGAAGAGAGGAAUCGACCUGUUUAUAGUAUUCUACACGUUUGUAGGAAUUUUGUGCUACUAUUUUUUCCAGUUCAAAGUAAUGAAAUUACGACACCUGUGUGUCAUUUUCGUAGCAAAGGUAACUUGCAGAAACAUAAAGGAUCGGAGUGGGACCAAUGGAGGUACCACCUCUUCUGCACAAAAAAUCAAGAGGUAGGGGUGCCUUAUAGUGUUCGUCUAAAAGGCUUGCACGAUUUCAAACGUGAACACGUUCACGUACUGAUCGAAUGUAUCUUAGCUUUUUUAAACGAAGAAGACACCAGUGCAUCGCGUUAUACAUAAACGAUACAUAAACUCAAGACUUUUAAUUCCAUUCUAAAUUUCGAGUUGUACGUCGUGAAAGAAAAAGAAAAUAUCAGAAAAUCGUGAGAAGUUUUCUAAUUUAAAAAGAACUGGAAUAUGAUUAGUUGGGUUCGAGUCACAACAAUGUAUAUGAUAUAUCAAUUACUGAUUAUUUAUGCGAUUUCUACGUAUGGAUUCUCUUUGUACAAUGUUUCACUGUUGAUCGACUGUCUAUCAUCUUGCUCGAAUGAAACGUGCGUGGAUACUUGCAAUGAUUAUCCAAACGAAAUUGAUUUUUAUCCACAGGUCGACGACGAAUAUACCGAAGCGAACGUAACUCUUCAUUGUACCGGUGGGAAUUUGAUGAUGAUCAAUUUCAAUCCUGGGUUUUACUUGAUUGAACAAAGUUCAUCCAAUUACACCCGGAAUCCCCCGAAAUUGGUGAAGGGGAAUAUGGCAACUUUUACAAAUUUGACAGCAAACACUAAUUAUCAAUAUCGGUUGUACAAUUUAACGCACGAAGGAAUCUGGCGGCCGGAAGUUUCAGACUGGUUCUUUACUUAUCCGGCUGACUAUCAGCCAUUGCCCGUGAAAAAUUUAUCGUUGUAUAAAAUAGAACCUUACAAGAAGACACACGACCUACAUGCCGAAUUUGUUUUUGAACCAGCUAUAGAUCGAAGUUGCAGUUACCAUGUGGUAACUUGGAACAGAGGAACAAAUUUGCUGCAUUUUGAAAUCGAUAGGCCAACGCAUUUUCAGUUUAACUUAGAUUGUUUAAAGAUGGAUCAGAAUAACAGUGUAUUCAUUAAAUCGGUUAACAAACAGAAUAAAAAAGAAAGCGAGGCCUUGAUAAUGUUCUGUACGCUUACAUGUUUAGAAUAUUAUAAUGAUCUAACUUUUUGCCCCCCAGAACCAGUAGAAGGGUUACGAGCGGAACAUAUCUAUCGUUACCAGGGAUUGUACGAUGUUUGGGUUCAUUGGAAUAAAACUGAAUUAGAACCAGAUAAUUACACGAUACAGAUUGAUUUAUAUAGGAACGACACUAAGCAUUACGUAAAGAGCGUAUCUGGGAACACAACCGAGGUUUGUUUCGAAAGAUUAAAACUGGGUCUCCAAUACGAGGUGGAAAUCUUAGCUGAAUCUUUGGGGGGAAGAAGUUCAGUAGUAACUAUUAUUAAAUCUCUCGACGAUGAAUACGCAACCGUAAGUAAAUUCUAUCGUGAACUUAUUAUUGGCAUUGUGAUGUCAUUCACACUUUUCGCCAUUAUUUGGAUGACAUACUUGCAACAUUAUAAACAGAAGAAUAACAAAUUCGCCAUGGAAUGUACGUCUUUUGAGAAUCUUAAUCAGAAAGAUGUGUCGAUAGAAAGCAUCAAGAAACUGUUGUAUCAAAGUUGCGAUGGUGAGACGAACAACAUGCCACUUAUGAACGACAAUUUUGAGCUGUGUCCAAAAUUAUUAAAGCUAAAAGGUAUACUUGGAAGCGGAGCUUAUGGAAUUGUAAGAUUGGGCUCUUUGCAAGAUCAGUAUGAUAAUGUCACCACUGUUGCGGUUAAAAUGUUGAAAGACAAUCCAAGCGUGGAAAAUUUACAAAACUUCCAGAAAGAAAUAAUGAUUAUGAAAGCUGUUGGUCAACAUCCAAAUAUAGUGUCCUUAAUUGGUUGUUGCAUUUUGGAUAAUAAACCAGUGUUGGUAGUGGAGUACUGUUGCAAAGGAGACUUGCAAACAUACUUAAGAACAAUAUGGCAAAAUAUGGUAAGCGUUGCGUUUAAUCAUAAAGCACGCUUUAAAUUCGACGGAGAUUCGUUCUCGAUCUCGAAGAAUUCUGGUGGAAAAGAGCACAAUUAUCAAAACGUUCAUCUGAUUACAAACCGUUUAUACGACGUUCAACAAGAUAUAGCGCAGUAUACGGAAACUGUAACAGCAAACGGUUUGUUGAAUUUCGCGAGGCAAAUUGCUACAGGAAUGGAAUUUCUGUCAUUGAAUCGAAUAGUUCAUCGUGAUUUAGCUGCGAGGAAUAUAUUGGUGUGUGCAGACAAGAUCGUGAAAAUUUCAGAUUUUGGUCUGAGUCGUGAUGUUUACCAAGAAAAUUUAUACCGAAAGCAAGGAAAUGAUAAAUUACCAGUGAAAUGGAUGGCAAUUGAAUCUUUGACUCAUCAAAUUUAUACGACUCACAGCGAUGUGUGGUCCUUUGGCAUUUUGUUAUGGGAGAUUGUAACCAUGGGUGCUCUUCCUUAUCCUGGUAUUCCAACAAAAGCCAUCCUAAAGAUUUUAAAGUCUGGCUACAGAAUGGAACGACCUAUAAGCUGUAGCGUGGAAUUAUACAAUAUUAUGUUCUCUUGCUGGACAGUAAGACCCCAAAGCAGACCUACGUUCACUCAAUUAAAAGAGAGCAUAGAUAAACUGCUUUGUCAACGUUCUGGCAAUAAGUACCUGAACAUGGACGAAAUUUUGUACGAUACUCAAGAACAGCACGGCAAGCCCAAUAGUAAUCACUCGUAAAGAAAAAAGAAAAGAAAAAAGUAUUUUUAAUGGUCGCGUGAUUUAUUCACAGAUAAUAAUUGUACCGUGUGCAAAAUCAUUUUAUUUUCUAAUUAUACGUACAAUAAUCUGUGGCAUAAUUUCUUUCAUAUAUAUAUAUAUAUAAUAUAUAUAUAUAUAUACGUGUAUUUACAAUAUCUUACUCUCAACCUUAAAAACUCAGGCGCAGAUACAUAAAAAUAACUAAGGUUCUGCCAUAUAAUAUUUGUUCAUACAAUUACUCGACAUUGUUUAAUAACAAUAAUUACACACAGCACACUGAAAUCCAUGCCAAUCAUUUUAUGGUUUGUUCUUCUGAAUUAUUACAAUCGAUCGUUUCGCUUCAUUUUCUUUUAUAUAUUUCCACUAUAAAGUCGUUCGGCAUUUUUAAUCUUUUUAAAAGAAGGAUAGAUCGACGAAUUGAGCGUACAAGAAAAGGGAAGAUACACCGGAAACGGAAGGGAUCUAAAGAGGAACUCGGUUGUCCGCUUUGAUAUUAUUGCAAAUAUACAAGUUUCUUAAGAUGUUUGUUAUACUCAGGAACUGUCGUUCUUUUUUAUCCUUUCUUUGAUUCUUGACACUCAACUCGUCGAUUCGGAGUAGCAAAAGUGUAUUACAAUUGGUGGAUGGUAAAGACCAAGAAGGACGAUGUGUGUUUUUUCUUGUUGUAUCUCUAACUUCUACGAAUGUUCGCCCGAUCUCGCUGCGGAUAUCGUUAGAAUACUUAGAAAUUGAUAUGAAAAAGAGGAACUCCUCUAUUUAUGGAAUCUACUCCAUAUUCGAUAGAUCCUCGUUUAGUAUCUCCGAGAAAUUUUAACGCUUUUAUCGGUCUUAAGCGUAGAAAAAAAAAAAAAAA